CGCCGAACGCAUUCCUCAAGUCAGAGACAGACACCAAGACUUUAACACACAGGCUCUUAGACACAGGAUCUGACCACAGAUCAGACCCAGAGAGACUAGGGCGGGGGAGACUGGGCUGUCCUCCUGCAAAUGACUCCGAGUAUUUACCGGUAUUUCACCAGAGCCAGAGGACGGUUAAUUCCCGUGGAGAUGGUGAUACGUUAGACACUGGUGGUGUUGAUGAUCUGUCUUGUUUUUACACUACAGAGAUGGAACCUGUCAACAUACCCUUGGGUUUAGAGACACAGACUGAUCUUUCUAAAGGGGACUGGAACCAGUACAGUAGUAGUGUAUACUCUGAAGGGUGCCUAGAUAAGAAAGGGGUAGUUAUAGUCGUAGACGAAGUGACUGUGAAAAUGGAGGACGAUGUCCCUCUGACACUGAAUGCAGACAAGACUCAAUUAGGAGAAGGACACUCACAAGGUAGAGAUGUCUUAGAUUACAGGGAAAGCUUAGAGACUAAUCCAAAUGUUGCGACCCAGUCCCCUUUACACAUUCUCAGGGAUCGCGACAGAGUGUCCACGUCGAUGGGGCCUUCCGAUUCACACGGCCGCUUUGUUUUCGAUCAAGUAUUGAACUCAAAAGACCAAAGAGCCCAGGCUCAGGGAGGGGGAGCAACAUCAGGCAAUGGUAAAGAGAAACGGUUCCUCUGCAUGUCCUGUAACAAAGGCUUCAGCUGCCUCCAGAACGUAGAGACCCACCAGAGGGUCCACACAGGGGAGAAACCCUUCAGCUGUACCCAGUGUCACAUGCGCUUCGCCCAGGCUGGCAACCUGAAGAUCCACCAGAGGGUCCACACAGGGGUGAAGCCCUUCAGCUGUACCCAGUGUCAUAUGCGCUUCUCCCACUCGUACAGCCUGAAGAGGCACCAGAGGGUCCACACAGGGGAGAACUCUACAGCUGCCGUAGUGUGAGAAGAGGUUCUCCCACCAGAACCCACUGAAGAUACACCUGAAGGUCCACAUGAGAGAAUGGUUGUUCACAUGUACGCACUGCAGCAAGAGGUUCUCAGAGAGGAGCUACCUCAGGAUACACCAGUUGAAAAACCAUUCACUCUAUAACAUAGAAAGUAACCAUUCCACAAGAUAGCUUCUGACCUUUAGAUCAAACUCUGCAUUAAACACAAAGAUUACUUUUCAGUGUUGUUAGCAGAAAAGAUCCACAGGUGCAUUUGUAAUAACAAGAGUAACAUAUUUCAGUGUUGAAUAUUCCUGGGUAGAAUAUUGCAUCCAAACAUUGUGUGAGAUAUAUAUAUAUAAAAGCCUAAAGUCUGUUACAUAGUGUUUGUACUGUGUUGGCUAUAUGAUGGUCACAAAUGCCUAUUUCAUUACUUCCAUUCAACUACUUAAUUUUUUCCCAGAACACUUUAUGAGAAAAUCAAUGCAGUUUAUCAAGUUCAUGCAGAGUUUUUGUUGAGACAGGUACAAUGCCUUCAGCCAGUAUACUCAGCCCUUCACUUUUUCCUCAUUUUGUUGUGUUAGACUGAAUUUGAGAUUGUGUCACUGGCCUACACACAAUACUCCAUAAUGUCAAAGUGGAAUUAUGUUGACAUUUUUACAAAUGAAUUAAAAAUGAAAAGCUGAAAUGUCUUGAUUCAAUACGUAUUCAAACCCUUUAUGGCAAGCCUAAAUACAUGCAAGAGUAAACCUUAACAAGACAUGUAAGUUGCAUGCUCACUCUAUGCUCAAUAAUAGAUUUUAACAUGGUUUUUGAAUGACUACCUCUUCUCUGUACCCAGUACAAUUAUCUGUAGGGUCGCUCAGUCGAGCAGUAAACUUCAAACACAGAUUCAACCACAAAAACCUAGGAGGUUUUCCAUGCCUCGCAAAGAAGAGCACCUA